CUUGUAUUUACUGAAGUACAGGAGCUCACAAGAAAAGACAAAAGAGUUUAGUGAAGAACAAGUGUCCAGUGAUGACCAGUCUGAAGAAAGUUUUGACCCUUAAAGAAGUCAGUCCAAUGGCCCACAGACUGACUGGUCUAAAAACUGACCUCCUGAUUGCAAGAGCUGAAGAACUGAGGAAAGAGAUUAAACAGGGAGUGAAGAAGCCCUUUAAAGAAGUAAUUGAAGUUCAUUCUGGAGAUGGGCAGGCAAUGGGCACGAAACCUGUGACGUUCAUUAGACAGGUGAUGGCAGCCUGUUUCUACCCUGAGCUCCUACAAAGUGAUCGACUCCCCCGUGAUGUGAAGUUCCGCGCUCAGGAGCUGCUGCAGCAGUGUGGGGGCAGUGUUGGAGUCUACAGCGACACUUUUGGCCUUGAGUAUGUACAGCACAAUGUGGCCCGGUUCAUUGAAGAGAGGGACGGGGGGGUUCCCUGUGACCCCCAAAACAUCUACCUGACUGCAGGGAGCCAGAAAGCAGGGCAGCUCUUGUUGAAUCUCCUGGUCCACACCUCUGGUUGUGGUUCUGGUCCUUGUGGUACAGGGGUUCUGGUUCCAGUCCCCUGCUCUCCCUGGUUCAGUCUGGCCCUGCAGGAAGCGGGAGGAGUCAGACUGCCCUACUUCCUGGCUGAUCAGGGUGUAUGCUGGGAGCUGGAUGUACAGGAGCUGCAGAGAGUCGUCCAGUCAGCCAGAGGGCACUGCACCCCUAGCGUGCUGUACAUCAACAACCCGGGGAACCCCACAGGUCAUGUCCAGAGCAGGCAGUCCAUUGAGGAGGUGAUUCGAUUUGCAGCCAGCGAGGGAUUGUAUCUGCUGGUGGACGAGGUGUAUCAGGACAGUGUGUUUGGGCAGGGCAGGGCUUUCCUCUCGUAUAAGAAGGUGCUCUAUGAGAUGGGUCCUGAGUUCUCCAGCCGUGUGGAGCUCGCUGCUAUCCACUCAGCAUCCAAGGGAGUUGCUGGAGAGUGUGGUUCUCGCUGCGGGUUCAUUGAGUUUGUGAAUUUAGACCCCCAGGUGAAGUCUCUCUCCGCUUCUUACUUCUCUGCUAAUUCUGUGCCCCCCACAUCGGGGCAGCUCGUCCUUGUCACAGCCCUGCACUCCCCUAGAGCAGGGGAGCCCUCAUACUACACCUGGACUCAGGAGAGUCAGUCACACCUCUCCUCACUUUCUCGGAACGCUGCGCUGGUUGUGGAAUCUCUGGACAGAAUUCCCGGGAUCAGAGUUCUCUCUCCUCAGGGAGGAUUCUUCUGUUUUCCUCGGAUUCACAUUCCCCCACUCGUAGUUCACGAGGCAGAGACUCAGGGCUUGUCCCCAGACCUAUUCUACUGUUUGCGGUUCCUAGAGGAAUGGGGGGUGGCUGUGGGACCCGGCAGUGAUUUCGGAGCGAGGGAGGGGUCCCAUCACAUCAGAUUGAAUCUCCUGCUGCCUCAUGACAAAUUGAAGAGUGUGUUGGAGAGUCUCGAGAAAUUCCACCUGCAGUUUACUGAAGAAUUUUCCUGAGCACAUUUAAAAAGGAUGCGAUCACACAGGAUGAUUCCUAAUUCAACAUUGUCAGAGCGUUGUGGAAU